AUGGUUCAGUAUUCAGAUAGAGUCGAUGGUUUAAAUUUGUUAGUGACAAAUACUCUAAUCAAAGAUUUGAAAGAUGCAAAUCCAUUAUUUAGAGGUGUUGCUUUAAAGACAUUAUUCAGAGUUCCAAACUUAACAGAGCAAGAAGAAAUACUAUUGCUAUCAGCACUAAAAGAUUCCAGCUCAUAUGUGAGAAGAGUAGCAGUUAUGUCUUGUUGUCAGUAUAUUAAAAAUUCUUCAGAAAAUUUUAAUUCAGAACUUAUUCAUAAUCUGUAUGAAAUGAUCCGUGAUCCUGAUCCUGGAGUUGUAGUUAAUUGUCUAACAUCUCUGGAUGAAAUUCUUAGUUCUGAAGGAGGAGUAGUUAUUAACUACAAUAUUGUUCACUAUCUACUUUCUAGAAUUUUAUCAUUUCAUGAAUGGGGUAUAUCAACAGUACUUCACUUCGUACAAAAAUAUGUCCCUCAAAAAGAAGAAGAACUAUUUGAAAUUUUGAAUUCUUUAGAUGAUUAUUUAACACAUACUAAUUCACUUAUUGUCAUACAAACACUUCAAAUAUUUCUUUCGUUAUGUAAUAAUAAUUUUCCUCAUUUAUUGAAAGAAGCCUUGAAUUGUGUGUUUCCUAAAAUCCAAUCCAAUUUGGUAUCAUCUAAUAAUGAAUUAGUUUAUUCAACUCUAAUUCUUGUAGAACAAUAUAUUGUUUAUAGCAAAGAGUUAUUUUGCUCAAAUUAUAAAUUGUUUUUUUGUCAUUUUUCUGAUUCUAUGAUUGUGAAAGUAAAAAAACUCUGCAUUUUACCACUUCUGACAACUUCAACCAACAUAUCUGACAUAUCUGAAGAAUUAAUUACUUAUUGUACAAAUAACUCUCCUGGAAUAUACAAAGCUGCUAUAAAGAGUAUAGUACAAAUUGCAAAUUUGUUUCCUACAAAUUUACAAAAUUUAAAGACACUUAUCACAUUAAUAGAUUUACAGUGUGAAUCGCUUACAGUUGAAAUAUUGAAUGCAUUCUCUUUAUUAAAUUUACAUCAAGAUGAAGAAAUUAAAUCUCUCUUAUUGGCCGCUAUUUCAAAGUAUUAUAAACAGAUCAAUGAAACUUCAGGGAAAUGUGCCAUACUGCAAUUAUUAGGCUACUACGGACAGACAACAAUGCACACUCCUUACAUUUUGGAAUCCAUGAUGGAAACAGUUGAAGAGGAGGAAGAUGCUAUUGUCAAAAUGACUCUUCUGACUACAACAAUUAGAAUGUUUUUGCACAGACCUGCUGAGAUGCAGGAGAUUUUAGGAUUUUUGUUAGAAAAAUGCAGUAACGAUAAACAUCCUUGCAUCAGUGAUCAAGCUCAGUUCUAUUAUCAUCUCCUGCAUGAUAUUCCUCUAGCAAAAAAAAUAAUUUUAGGAGAAAUGGAGAAUGACAAAAACUCAAUUAUGAAACUGAACAAGUGAAAUACCUAACUUUAUCUUUUUUAUACAACAAUCAAAUUUUUAUUGAUUUAAAUUAUUUAAAAUUAACUAGUCUAGAUGAAGAAAUAAUUUUCACUGU